AGAGAGAGAGAGAAAGUGAUUCACCAGUUUCUUAAUAAUCCGCCAUUUGAAUUUCUCUUUUAGGGUUUAUUGUCUAAGAAUAGUGGGGGAGAGGGAGAAUUGAAAUCAGAGUGUCGACCAGUUUACUGCAAUUCAAAGCAACGGCUGUGAUAAGAUCUGGUAGCUUCAAACGCAAUCUGAACCCUAGAUCCGUCUGGUGAAAAGCUUUCGAAAUUCAUCCCCCCUUUGAUUUCAUCACCAGCCCGUUGUGCCGUUUCUCUCUCUAAAUCUCAUUCCAUUACUGCUAUCUCUCACUCUCUAUAUUUCAAAAAGAAUGGCUCCUAAGAACCAGAACAAGCCGCCUGUACAUCGCACUCCUUCUAGCCCUUCCAACGGAAAGAAUAACACUGACGAGGUGUCCAUAGACAAGAAGAGGAAGAUUGGGAUUUCAAAGAUGCCUACUUCAACAACUGGGGUUGGACGGGGUCGACGUGCUUUUUCUGUGGUGAAUGGGAAUGCAGACCCGCCUUCAACCAGUGGGCCGCCUAGUAGUGCAGGAUCUGACUGUGUAGUUGUAGAGUUCAGCAAAGAAGAUGUUGAAGCAAUUCUUGCUCAAAGGCCAGAACAGAAGAACAAAUUUAAUACAAAGGUAAGAUGGGACCAAACGGUUGAAAACUGUAAAAGGCUUAGACAGUGUAUUAAGUGGUUCCAACAGCUAGAAGGAGCAUUUGUUGCUGAGCAGGAGUCACUCAAGAGUCUCCUACAAUCAGCAGAGCUUAAGUGCAAUGAGCUGGAUAUGCUAUUAAAAUCAAAAGAAGAAGAAUUGAAUGCAAUCAGUAUUGAUUUGAGGAAACAAAUUGGAGUGUUACAGGAAAAUUUGAAGAAGGAGGAAUCAGAAAAAAUGGAAGCACUGAGUUCGCUUAGCAGGGAAAAAGAUUUAAGAGUGGCAGCUGAGAAACAGCAAGCAUCUCUCUCAGAGGAGCUUAGAAGAGCUCAGCAAGACAAUGAAACUGCUAAUCAAAAGAUUCAAGUUCUACAAGAGUAUAACACGAGUUUACAGCAAUUCAGCAGCAGACUUCAGUCAGAGAAUGCUACUACCAAUGAGAAACUCAAUCGUGUGGAGGAUGAGAAGGCUGCUCUGGUGGAAAAUCUCAGCACUUUGAGGGGUCGCUAUACUUCUUUGACGGAACAGCUUUCAUCUUCUAAGGCUGCUCAAGAUGAGGCUGCAAGACAGAAAGAAGCUUUAGCUUCUGAGGUGGGAUGCCUUCGUAAGGAUCUGCAAAACGUCACGGUUGACCGUGACAAUCAGCUAUCAAUAGUCAAAAGUUUAAAAGAUGAGGUGGCAAAAUACAAGGAAUGCACUGGAAAAUCAGUUGCGGAGUUGGGCAACCUUACAAUGAAAUCUGACGCACUGGAGGCGAGAUGUUCCUCUCAAUGUGAGCAAAUAAGGAGAUUGCAGGAACAGCUUGCUUUGUCUGAAACAAAGUUGCAGGUGUCUGACAUGUCUUCCAUGGAAGCAAAAUCAGAAUUCGAAAAGCUAAAGAAAUUUAAUAGUGAGUUAAGUCAGCGCCUUUCAGAUGCAGAAAUCAAAAUUGCGGAUGGUGAAAUGCUUCGUAAAAAACUGCACAAUACGAUUCUGGAACUUAAAGGCAAUAUAAGAGUGUUCUGCAGAGUGCGACCUACAUUAUCUGAUGAUGUUGUUAGUGCAGAAAAGGUCGUAUCUUUUCCAACAUCUACGGAAGCCCUUGGACGGGGAAUUGAUUUGACACAUAAUGGGCAAAAGCACUCUUUCACAUUUGAUAAAGUCUUCGUGCCUGAAGCCUCACAGAAGGAUGUUUUUGACGAGAUAUCACAGCUUGUACAGAGUGCUCUUGAUGGUUACAAGGUCUGUAUAUUUGCUUAUGGCCAAACUGGUUCUGGUAAGACUUACACAAUGAUGGGAAAUCCACGGCCCCUGGAUCAGCAAGGUUUGAUUCCGCGCACGUUGGAACAAGUAUUUCAGACUAGGCAAAACUAUCAAGACCAAGGAUGGAAAUAUGACAUGCAGGUAUCAAUGCUUGAAAUUUACAAUGAGACAAUACGAGACCUUUUGUCUCCAACCCGAUCAAGCUUUGACAAUGGAGGAAAACAAUAUGGCAUAAAACACGAUGUACAUGGUAAUACACAUGUGUCUGACUUGACCAUUGUGGAUGUUCGGAGCAGCAAGGAGGUUUCAUACCUUUUAGAGCGAGCAGCACAAAGCAGGUCUGUUGGGAGGACUCAAAUGAAUGAGCAAUCUUCGAGAAGCCAUUUUGUGUUCACUCUUCGAAUAUCUGGUGUAAAUGAAAGCACGGAGCAACAAGUACAAGGUGUUCUGAAUCUUAUCGACCUUGCGGGUAGUGAACGCCUAUCUAGAAGUGGGGCUACGGGGGACAGACUCAAAGAAACUCAGGCAAUCAAUAAAAGUUUAUCAUCCCUAAGUGAUGUCAUUUUUGCGUUGGCAAAGAAAGAGGAGCAUGUUCCUUUCAGGAAUUCUAAACUCACAUAUCUUCUCCAGCCAUGUCUGGGUGGGGAUUCGAAAACCAUGAUGUUUGUGAAUGUCUCGCCCGAUCCAGCCUCAGCUGGUGAAUCGCUAUGCUCUCUCCGGUUCGCGGCACGUGUAAAUGCUUGUGAGAUUGGGGUUCCACGGCGCCAAACCAGCUUGCGACUUUUGGAUUCUCGCCUGAGCUUUGGCUGAGAUUCUUUUGUACUCUCCAACUUCCAUUCCCCCUUGUGUGUUUCUUAGAUGCGUAAUGUGCCAUUCUAUGCGAGAAAAUCUUUCCCCCACCCUCCUAACAGCUUCCCCUGUAUUUUGUAUAGUGCAAGCAGAUACUAGCUUUUGUAUCAAAGAAUCCCCACCCCCACCUUAGAGGCCAACCC